CCAUUCCAAAAGAAGAGAUUUUGGAGCAUUACAAAAGUCCCUUAAUUGAAUCUCAGCCUGGCAAACAUGAACGCUACAAGAGAACAUUCUGACAAUAGUAGUACCAAUUAUUUCUAUCGACACGCAAUUAUCAUAUCUCCAGUCACGUUAACCAUCUGCUGCAUAGGACUCCCAUUGAAUGGAAUUGUCAUCUGGCUACUCGGCUUUCAGAUUAAGAGAAACCCUUUCACUGUGCUGAUUCUGAAUUUAGCUAUUUCUGACUUUGGGUUUCUCAUAUUUGUGGCUAUACAUUCAAUUAGUGUUUUUACAGCUGUUCAAGCCUUUCAAAGUUGGGUGAUAUUUUAUUUGUUCGACUUCAUGUAUAUCAACGGUCUGUUUCUUCUGACGGCAAUCAGCAUUGACCGGUGUGUUGCUGUGCUCUUCCCAAUGUGGUAUCACUACUCCAGGCCAAAGCAUAUGUCUCCUAUUGUGUGUGGCUUUUUCUGGAUCUUCUCUUUCCUCCUUGUUGGGAUUGGAAGCAAUAUCAAGAAUUUAAUUUUUUCUUAUGUUCCCUGGGACGUCGAUUUGAUUGUGACUGCUCUUCUUUGCCUCCCAUUGAUCACAACCUCUACUGGGAUCCUAUUCAUGAAAAUAUGUGUUAAAUCUGAACAAGUGAAUCGGGGAAAUCUUUUAGUGAUGAUCUUAAUUACUCUUCUCUGUUUCCUUAUUCUUACCCUUCCAUUAUAUAUUUAUUUGGUCACUGCCCCGUUUCUUGGCAUCAAUAAUUCCUCCUCGUUCAAUUUUCAAAAUUUUUUAUAUUUUAAACUCUGUGCUUCCCUAAACAGCAGUGUUAACCCAGUGAUCUAUUUUUUGGUUGGGAGGAAGAAGCAAGCUCAGCCCAAGGAAAGCAUGAAGGCCAUUUUUCAAAGAAUCUUCAAAGAAGAUUUAGUUCCUGAAACCAGAUAGAAGUUUCCAAGCACAGUUUCAAGUUGAUUGAUUCCUGAGGUUUUCACCUGAUUAAAAGUGAAAGUUUCCCCUUUCUCAAAAGUCAUCCAUCACAUUGACCAAUAGAGGUGUUGUCUGGUUUCUUGAUUACUUUCUCUUCCUCCCCCUCCUUCCAACCAACUGUUGAAACAUCCUUGGUUCUCACAGGAAAACAGCUACAAACCCCCAGCUAUCUAUUUUCUUCCCCUUCCCACCCAGGGGCAACCCUGAAGCUGUAAAGAUGCCCUUAGCCAGAUUCAUGUCAGGGUUUGACCUGAGUGUUGUAUGUUAUGAUUUAUGAAGAAUUUAUUUUAUGAUGAUUAUGAUCAUGGUUUAUCACAUGUUGCUUGUAUGUAUCCUGAGAGCUUUUACAUUCCUUGUGUGCCCAAUCACACUUGGCCAAUAUUUUUUAUUAUUAUUAUUAUUAUCUAUUAUGUAACGGGAAUUUAUCUUGAAGAUUGGGGGAAUAUGUGGGAAGCAGUUUUCCCCCCUCUACGGCUAUUAUGAAUAUACCCAUAAUCAAAAUGACAGUACCGUAACUGAAACUGUUUUGCAACUCAGAUCCAUGAUAUAAAGCAGUGAUGGUGACUCUAUGGGUUAAAUAGCCUACCCCGCCCCCCUUGGAGGCCCACUGGAGGCUUCAAGAGCUUCCCUGAAGCCUCCGGAGCGCAAAAAAACCCAGCCCUACGGGCAAACCAGAAGAACGGACUUUCGGUUUGC